CUUAUCUCCAGUUCGCUGAGGUAGUAUUAAAUAACCACUGAACUUUAUAAUGCGUUAACCUGAAUAAUUCGAUCGUUCUCCGAUCGCUACAAGUCGGAAAGCAUACACUGUGAAAAACCGCUGACUUGUAUUUUAGAGAUCAGUGGUGAAAACGCGUCAAACCGGAAUAAGUAGCCUUAAUGCUUUGUGGGAGAAACCGCGGGAAGACGUGUCUAGAUUUGUGUCUUUCCAUUUCUUGUUGGCUACAGUCUUACACAAAUCCAUAGCAUGGAACUGAGAAUGAUUUUGAGACUGGACUGAUUCAGCUAUUUAGUGCAACUAUAAAUUAGACAUACUUAGAAAGCUUAAUAUCAUGGAAUCUUUCAAAGAUGCAUUUUGGGGACCUAAUGGAUUUGAGGAAUUGAGGAAGUUGAUGAAACAAGGAGAAGAUUUUUGUAAAGAAAUUGCAUCUGUUAUGAAUGAAAGGUGUGAAUUAGAGUACCACUAUGCCAAAAAUCUAGGAAAACUUGCUAGCAAGGUUGCUAAAGCUUCCAAAGAAGCAUUUGGGACAACAGCACAAACAUGGCUAGGAGUUGCUGUUGCCAUGGAGCACGAAGCAGAACUCCACAAGUAUUUGUCAUCUGGAUUUCAGGAAGAUGUUGUUAAACCAUUGAAAGUUUCAAUUGAAAGUCAACAUAAAACAAGAAAGCAGGUUGAAUUGAUGGUGGAUCGAACAUCAAAAAGUCUUGCUGAUUUUCGCAAUGAGGAGAUGAAGUCUCAAAAGUUGUGUUUUAUUUGUACAAAAGAAAAUGAGCGAAUGAAGGAUCAGAAAUUAGAAAGUCGGAGUAGCAAAGGAAAAAUUAUCACAGAUAAAGACAUUAGUAAGUUGGAAGCUAAACGUAGAAAAGCAGAGGAAACCAUGGUAAAAGCUGACUAUGACUACUACAAUAAUUGUAUAAAAGCUGAGAGGAUGCGACAGGAAUGGGAAUCAGCUGUUUUUCAAGCAUGCACUCAAUUUCAAGAGAUGGAAGAAGAGAAACUUGCACAUAUGCAGGACUUUGUUCAAAAGUAUGCCAACCAUCUCAGUGUGCUUGGACCUAAGAUGGUUCAGGAUUGUGAUAAAUUAAGUGAAGUUGUGUCUAAGCUUGAUGUAGAAGGAGAUAUUCAGUGUGAAAUAAAAUCUAGACGAACUGGGCCUAAUUGUCCUGAGCAAUUGCUUCCAGAUUUUUAUGCAGAAGACAUGAGCAACCUCAUGAAUAAAGUCAGAAGGAAAGAGUCUUUACAAAAGUUCUAUAAUAUGCUGAAGCGUGAUGUAGAGUUAGAAAGAAAAGGAAAAGAAGGAGUUGAACAUCUAGCAAGAGUGUUUCAUGAGACACCAAAUUUUGGUAAUGCAGAUGCUCAACAAGAAGUAACUGAGAAAUUGUAUCACCUUCGUGCAAUGCUGGCUUUCUUGGAAGCUUCUCUCCAUAAAGUGGAAUGUGCCCUUGCUGACUUGGAUGACAACAGUAAACCAACUCACCCAUUAACUGCACAUAUAGACCAGUACAGAGACAAACAGGGUGUAAUUCAUUCAGUAUUAAAGUUGCCAGAUGUAGGAAGAACUCAACUUUUUAGUAAUGACUGGUCUGAAAAUGCUGAUUUAGCAGAAAUAGACAGAGGUGCAGGUGAUGGGACAUCUUUACCACCAAGUGAUUGUGAUGAAGCUGCCUUCAACCAUGUUUCUGAAAUCUAUGUCAACAUCCAGACUCUACAGCUUACAGAUAGUGAACCUGUAGGAGUAUGUCAAGCAUUAUACUCUUACCAGGCUAAACUGGAAGAUGAACUUACAAUUUUUACAGGUGACAUAAUAAAAAUUAUUAUGAAGUGUGACACAAACUGGUGGAAAGGAGAACUAAAUGGUAAAAUAGGCCUUUUUCCAUCAUCCUAUGUGGAAGAAUUAUAGAAGAGUCUGUGAUUAACUAUGUUAUAUAUAGCAUACAAUCAAUUUUUUUCCUUUCUUUUUUUUAUUGAAAGGACUUGUGAACCUCAGAAUGGAAAAUGAAUAAUUUUUCUUCCAUGGUAUAUAAAAUAAGAAUUAUAUUUUUAUAUCUGAGUGAAUUUAUCAAAUUAUGUUUAAAUAGUUUUUAAGCUUGAUACUAAUGAUGAGAGUCCGAAAGGAAUGAUAUAUUGUCAAAGAAAGUUUAUAUGCAAGGAAAAUUGUUUUAGAUAAUAUACAUUCCCAACUGUUUUAACCAAAUAAUAAAUAUUAUUACCACUUUCAUCAUCCAUUGAAGCUUUUACUGUGAUUAUGUAGAUAUAGUGUUUGAAAAUGGGGUUACUACUGGUUAAGAUUUUGUGCCAGCUGGUUUAGUCCUUUUUCCUGCAAAAUUUUACAAGUAACAAUUAACUGAAUACAGUUGGUACACUGGUGCAGAUGUAUUUUCCAUAUAAAGCUUCACAAUAUAAGCUCUUGUAAACUAAAUAUUUGAGAAAGCAUUCUGAUUUGCUGUCAGAACAUAAGUAUUCUCAUCCACUGGCAGUAAGUUAACGUUUGCUGUGUAGCUAACAAGCAACAUGGUAUGUGCCAUUAAACAUUAUAUUGGUCACAGUGUACAUGUAGUAUGUUCCAACACAACCAGGGAAUAUGAUAUACUCUGGUUCAGCAGCUAAUGACAUUAAUACACUUUGCCUUCCAAAAAUCUACAGUUAGAAACACAUAAACCAAGGUUUUUCCAUCAAAUAUUAUAGCAUGUAUUUAAUGUUGAGAAACAUGCACAUCCUUUCUUAGUACUGUAGGUAAUAGAUGAAAUAAAGUAUUAAUUGGAUC